AUGCCCGACUCUACGCCCUCCAAGGGCGUAUAUGAAAGCCAGGCGCCUUCGGCGUCUGACUCAACCCUCCCCGAACACCUGCCUUCCGAGACUGAAAUUCAACCCGUCGCCGGUGACAAUCCUGGUCACCUUCCCGGCGCUAUCGAAGAGAUCCAUACAGGCAUUUCCGUGAAGAAGGCCGAAGCUGAUUUUGCUCAGCUUCAGCGCGAACUUUCGAGGAUAAGCCGCGCCGAGAGUACCGCCGCGAAGCCCAGAACCGCCGAUGUCGAGAAAGGAGGUGCUGCCGCCUCGAGCAUCACAAAUGAAAGCCUAGAGCCCUUCGAUCUUGAGGCUACCCUUCGAGGGGGCCUUGCUGCCGAACAGGAGGCUGGCAUCCGCCCUAAGCACAUUGGUGUGUACUGGGACGGCUUGACCAUCAAGGGCUUCGCGGGUCAGGACAAUUAUGUCGACACCUUUGUCAACGGCUUCCUCAAUACGAUCAACGUAGUUACACCCCUUGCUAAGCUCCUUGGAUUUGCCAAGAAGAGGACCGAGGCCACGCUCCUAGACAACUUCCGGGGUGUCUGCAAGCCCGGAGAGAUGGUGCUUGUGCUGGGGAAGCCCGGUUCCGGCUGCACGACCUUCCUCAAGUCUAUCGCCAAUCAGCGUUACGGAUACACUGGAGUCGCCGGCGACGUACUCUACGGCCCGUUUACCGCCAAGGAGUUUUUGCAGUAUCGUGGAGAAGCCGUCUACAACCAAGAGGACGAUAUUCACCACCCCACCCUGACCGUGGAGCAGACUCUUGCUUUCGCUUUGGACAUGAAGGUCCCCGGGAAGCGACCUGCUGGCGUAUCUAAGGAUCAGUUCAAGGAGCAGGUUAUCACCACGCUGCUCAAGAUGUUCAACAUCGAGCACACUCGUCGCACGGUCGUUGGCGACCACUUCAUCCGUGGUGUCUCGGGUGGUGAGCGGAAGCGUGUGUCCAUCGCUGAGAUGAUGAUCACCAAUGCUUGCAUCCUGUCCUGGGACAAUAGCACUCGCGGCCUCGACUCGAGUACGGCGUUGGACUUCAUCAAGUCCCUGCGAAUUCAGACGGACCUCUAUCAGACAACCACCUUUGUGUCGCUAUACCAGGCCUCGGAGAAUAUCUACAAGCAUUUUGAAAAGGUUCUCGUCAUCGAUGGUGGCAAGCAGGUCUACUUUGGCCCUGCCUCCGACGCAAGAAGCUAUUUCGAAAGUCUUGGCUUCGCCCCUCGCCCGAGACAAACCACCCCGGAUUACCUUACGGGAUGCACUGAUGAGUUUGAGAGGGACUAUGCCAAGGGAUACUCGAAGCACAACGCCCCUCACGAUCCUGCAACCCUUGCAGCCGCAUUCAAGGAUUCUGUCUACCAACGGAGGCUGAACGACGAAAUGGCCGGGUAUAAGGCUGCCUUGGAAGAGGAAACACACAAGCAUGAGGACUUCAGGGUUGCCGUUCACGAGAGCAAGCGAUCGUCACCUAAGCGCUCGACCUACGCGACGGGAUUCCAUAUCCAAGUCGCGGCUCUUAUGAAGAGGCAGUUCUAUCUCAAACUGCAAGACAAAAUGGGUCUUACUCUCUCGUGGCUCCGAAGUAUCGUCAUCGCUAUUGUCCUUGGUUCUCUUUAUCUUAAGCUCGGCGACUCCUCUGCAACCUUCUCGGAACUUGCCAGCACCAUGUCCGGGCGCGCCAUUGUCAACAAGCACCGGACCUAUGCCUUCCACCGUCCCUCAGCUCUUUGGAUUGCGCAGAUUCUGGUCGAUCAAGCCUUCUCUGCGACUCAAAUCAUGGUUUUCUCCAUCAUCGUAUACUUCAUGACUGGACUGUACCAAACCGCCGGCGGCUUCUUCACAUUUUAUCUCAUGAUCCUCUCGGGAAAUAUAGCCAUGACCUUGUUCUUCCGAAUCGUGGGAUGUGCGAGCCCGGAUUAUGAUACGGCGAUCCGGUCUACCGUCUUCCUAAUUACGUGUUUCGUCAUCACUUCUGGCUAUCUGAUCCAGUAUCACUCCAUGAUGAUGAACGAAUUCAGGAACGUCGACCUUGUUUGUUCAGCAGAGUCCUUGAUCCCUUCUGGUCCCGGCUACGACGACAUCUCUCAUCAGGUGUGCACUCUUGCAGGCUCCGUCGGCGGAACCGCGAUCGUCAAGGGUGCUUCGUAUAUUACCCAAGGAUUUUCAUACGAUCCGGCCUACCUCUGGAGGAACUGGGGAAUCGUGAUGGCCCUCAUCGUCUUCUUCCUCAUCAUGAACGUUGUUCUCGGCGAAUUCAUUAGCUAUGGAGAGAGUGUGGAGGAAUCCUCGGACCUUACCAUCAAGUCGGAAAGCAUUCUUACUUGGGAGGAACUUAAUUAUGACGUGCCUACUCCGGCCGGCACCAAACGGCUCUUGAACAACAUCUACGGCUACGUCCGCCCCGGAGAGCUCACGGCCCUCAUGGGCGCCUCGGGUGCUGGAAAGACGACGCUAUUGGAUGUCCUUGCAGCACGAAAGAACAUUGGCGUCAUAUCGGGUUCGGUGCUUGUCGAUGGUGUGGCCCCUGGCAAGCAGUUCCAGCGAAGCACGUCGUACGCCGAGCAGCUCGACCUUCACGACCCUACGCAGACGGUUCGAGAGGCCUUCCGGUUCUCUGCAGAUCUUCGCCGACCCGUCGAGACUCCCCAGAGUGAUAAAUAUGCCUACGUAGAGGAAAUCAUUGCCCUUCUCGAAAUGGAGCACAUUGCCGACUCCAUUAUCGGCACUCCGGAGGCGGGUCUGACUGUGGAACAGCGCAAGCGUGUGACGAUCGGUGUCGAGCUGUCGGCCAAGCCCGAACUCCUCCUAUUCCUUGACGAGCCUACUUCUGGCCUUGACAGCCAGAGCGCGUUCAACAUUGUCCGCUUCCUCAAGAAGCUGGCCGCUGCUGGACAAGCCAUCUUGUGUACGAUUCACCAGCCUAAUGCCGCGCUUUUCGAGAAUUUUGAUCGUCUUCUCCUACUCCAGCGUGGCGGCCGGACGGUCUACUUUGGGGAUAUUGGCGCAGACGCGCACAUUCUCAGGGCAUACCUCAAGGGGUACGGUGCUGCGGCUGGCGAGAAGGACAACGUUGCCGAAUUUAUGCUCGAAGCCAUCGGCGCCGGCAGCUCUCCCCGGGUCGGAAACCGCGAUUGGGCGGAUAUCUGGGAGGAUAGCCCCGAGUUUGCCCAGACCAAGGAGACCAUCAAGCAACUCAAGGAAGAGCGAAUCCGGGCAACCAAGUCUGGCAACAAGUUGCUCGAAAAGGAAUAUGCCACCCCUUUCCUGCAUCAGCUCAAGAUUGUCACCGCUCGCAUGAACACGGCCUUUUGGAGAUCCCCCAAUUACGAGUUUACUAGGCUUCUCAACCAUCUUAUCGUCUCGCUUCUUACCGGUCUGAUGUAUCUGGGACUUGAUGACUCUAGGUCAUCCCUUCAGUACAAGGUGUUUGUCAUUUUCCAGGUUACCGUUCUACCGGCUCUGAUCAUCGGCCAGGUCGAGGUCAUGUAUCAUGUGCGGCGGGCCAUCUUCUUCCGCGAGUCGUCUUCCAAGAUGUACUCCCCUUUACCUUUGCCGCCUCGAUCGUGA